AUGAUUAGUAUUAUCUGGAACUGUCAAGGCGCGGGUGGUAAAGGUUUCCACCGCGUUCUUAAAAACCUUAUUCAAACUCACAGACCAGAUAUUCUUGGUCUUGUUGAGCCCAAGGUCUCGGGAUCCCAAGCAAAUGUCGUUUGCUCGAAAUUGGGGUACUCGGACUGGAUUCGGGUAGAGGCAGUGGGUUUCAGCGGUGGGAUCUGGGUCUUUUGGAAUAGCACUUUGCAUGUCACAGUGGUUCACACUCACCCCCAAUUUGUACUAUUGCAGGUACACAGAAUGAAUCAGGCUCCUUGGCACUAUGCUAUUGUUUAUGGAAGCCCCACCCAACACCUUCGUCGAAGGCUAUGGAGUGAAUUAACCAUGGCUAAACGUGGAAUCACAGGGCCUUGCCUAAUUGCAAGAGACUUUAAUUCCGUGGUCAAUCAAGACGAAACGAAUAAUUAUAGUGCUUUUUCUUCUCAACGAAGCUCAGACUUUGUACAUUGGAUUCAGUCGGAAGGUCUUGUUGAUCUGGGCUUUAGCGGACCAAGGUACACGUGGACUAAAGGGCUUUCUGUUGGCCAUGCAAAGGCGGCACGUUUAGAUAGGGCGCUUUGCAACCUAAGUUGGCGGAAUCAAUUCCCUGAGGCUACCGUCACCCAUCUCCCGAGAAUAUCAUCUGAUCAUACACCACUUCUGAUUCGUUUGUCUGAUGCUGCGUUUACUCUGCGUCGACCUGAGUUCAAAUUCCAAGCUGCUUGGUUAACUUCGAGACAGUUUCCGGAGGUGGUUCAUCGAACUUGGAACAACAAUCGUACCCUCUAUGAAAACAUUCCGGUUCUAACGACGGAAUUGUCUAAAUGGAAUAGGGAAGUAUUCAGAGAUAUAAACCGUCGAAAGAAGAUUGUUCUGGCUCGGCUAGGUGGGGUUCAGACUCGGCUCUCCAAUCAGCGCCAUGGCGGCCUCGCUAAAUUGGAGAAGAAACUAACGGAGGAAUACCAAGAGAUCUUAUAUCAGGAAGAAUUGAUGUGGUUCCAACGCUCUAGGGAAGACUGGAUUGUCUCCGGGGAUCGCAACACGGCUUACUACCAUGUUGCUGCUACCAUUUGA